AGCAGUUCAAAGAGCACAGGCUGAAAACAACGUUAGAAAACUGUGGAGGGAGCGAGGCGUCUGUGGUGGCACCUUGGAUUAAAAGACGUCUUAUUCAAAGUCCUGUUAACAUGAGUCAUCGUUCUCGAGUCCCCAGGGUGCAACAGCAUGUCCACUGUGACUCCUGCUACAGCCGGCGCUGCAGGGCUCGGGUGGAGGUCUCUGUGAGCUGUGCUGUCAUCCCCUGCCGCCUGCUCUGUGGAGCUCUCUUCCACCUGUGCAAAGAGGAGGAUCACAUGCUGCUCUGCCCUAACGUGAGGGUGCCCUGCCUCAACGCUGAGUUCGGCUGCCAGGUCCACCUGCCCCGCUCCUCGCAGGCAGCUCACCUCCAGCUGUGUCCAGCCAGUGUGGUGUGUUGCUCCAUGGAGUGGAUCCGCUGGCCAGCUGAUGACACAAACCCACACAGUAACCUAGCCCUGCAAGAGAAUGUGAUGAAGGAAAAUGACGUGCAGGAGGAGGCUCUGGAUUUUGCCAUGGCCCUGGUUGAUCAGACAGAGCUUUUUGCCUGCCUGAAAAUGAAGAACCUCUAUCCAGAGCUGAUGGAGGAAGAAGAGGAGGAAAUAAAGGAUCAGAAAGAGGAUACGGCAGUGGAAGAGUUUGUGAAUGUUGCUUCAAAUAAAGACACCAAUGAAGGUCUCCCCACAUCUGCAUGCGCAGGAAACAGCCUGUGUGAGAGUAAUGCUGUUGGAGAGACUGUACCAGACAGUGUGGGGAAAGACUUCAGCAUUAACAUAAGGAACUACAACUUGUGUGAGAUGAUGUUCGGCAUGGAGAGAGGUGCUUGUGCUGUCGCUGAGGAAAACAAAGACAAAAAACCUGGUGAGGAGGGUGGGACCCACAAAGACACAGAGAAAGAUGGAGCAGCUGCAGCCAAAAACUGCCCUCAGCCAGACACAGGUCCGACAGGGCAUGCCCCAUGGCAGGAGGGGGUGCUGGAGCGUCUGGGGCAGGAUCUCACUCCACGGGAGUACAACAUGUAUAUGGUGCAUCAUGGGCGGAUGCUGCUCACCUUUGGAAAAAUCAAGGCCUGUACACCGAGGGAGGAAGAUUUCGUCUACGGUAGUCUGGAGCCAAUCCCAGUCCAGACUCUGCGCUCUUUCAAGGUCCCUGACAGCUAUCACUACAGGCAGCGGGUGUAUGACAAACCGGCUCGGGUUAAAACCGAGCCUCGCAGUGUGGACACAUCAGACCUUGGUGCCACCGAAGAGGACUGGUUAAGUGACGAAGCAGAAGCCACGCUGCUGGGCUACGCUGAGAAGGAGGUCAUGGGUCACAAGAUCAGCGAGUUGAAGGGAGCUGAUGGACUCUAUGUUGACGAGGGAACGCAGACGUACUCGUUCCGCACGGCUCCGUUUAAACAAAAGACGACCCUGGCAGAGGUCAUGGUGGACAGACCGCUGAAGCUUCAUCUUCAGCUGCAGUCAGAGAGGGUGAGCACCAGACACCCCAGAGCUAGCUGUGUCUUCACCUUCCUCUGCGGUCACACCUUCCACCGCAAAGAGUUCGCCACACAUUUCAGGAAUGUCCACAGUGACAUCCAGACCUCUCUGAGCGGAUGGUUCGAGCAGAGAUGUCCCCUAGCAUAUCUGGGAUGCACCUACAGUCAGAAGAGGUUUCAGCCCUCCACGCAUAAAGCCACCGUCUCCUACGAUCGGCAGCUCAGGAGCUUCAAGUUGCAUCCAACACUUGAGGACUCAGUGGGUGAUGACUCCCAGCUGCCCAGAAACUCCACUGUUCAGAAGAAGAGGAGAGGUCAGGCGGGAGGAGGGGAGGACUCACUGAGCUCGCUGCCCUUUGAGGUGCUGUGCCACAUGGCCAGUUUCCUGGACAGUCUGUCCCUGUCUCAGCUGGCUCUGGUGUCCCGGCUCAUGAGGCAGGUGUGCUCCUCGCUACUGCAGGAGAGAGGGAUUGUCACCCUUCACUGGGAGAAGAAGACCUACUCACAUGGAGCAGCCAAGUGGAAGGCAAAACCUGUAUGGGAGUUUAGUCACCUCUUCUCAGCAGUAGAUUCGUGGCAUUUGGCAGACACUCCUCCGAUAUCUGCUCAUCUAAAUGUCUGUCCUUAUUAUGAGACUUCGCCACACAGUGAGCGUGUUGCCCUCCCCGGCAUGACUGAGAAAAGAGGGGCCAGUGAGGAGAGGCUGAGUCUUAUCAAACAUUUCACAGGAAACAGAAACAGAUGGCAACAGUGAAAAAAGAAGCAUGACAUAGCAGAAAUAAAAUCAGCUUUAAUUUACUGCAACAUUGUUUAAUAUGAAAAUACUCUGGAGCAUAUGAACUGCAAUCAUUCACAUCAUGCAUCUCUUCACUUGCCUGUCCGAAUUGUCUUGUGUCUCACUGGUGAAGAGAAGAGCAGCAGUCUGAUGGAAAUGUUUGCAUGCAACCAGUCAUGUAGUGUUUGUGUUCUCAGUCAGGAGGUUUAUGCUGCACUAAACCCACACGCAUGCCACAUAGUGAACACAUACAGUAUAUAUAAAAUAUUAUUACAGUAGAGCACUGGUUCUCAAACUGUGAUAUCAUACUACCAAAAGACUAUGCUGGAAUGUCAUUUAGGAUAGGUUUUUUUCUUUGCUGUAAUAUUUUGUUACAGUAUCAGCCUGAGCUGUAAUCAUGUUCAGGCAGGUAGUGUAUAGGACACAUACAUCCAUGAUUAGUUACCAUGUGACAGCGAGAUAGUAAGUGGAGGUAAAAUGAACAGUUCAAAACCUCAAUCACAGAUUCAAACAGGAAAUAUUAGGAAGAGCAGUGCAGAUCAGGGGUACCACCUUUUCCACCAAAUGAACUCUGGUUCAUGAACUGGUUCUGUGCAGGAUUCAACAAAAGUCAACAAUAAAUCAUCUUCUUAUAAUAAAUAAUAAUAAACCUGCCUCCUGUGUCAGCUGUC